GCCACCUGCAGCCUCGGAAACAUCGUUUACGUUGCAGUUAGCAACGGAGGAAAUGGGGAUUUCGUGAAAUUACAAAAUAAAUAUUAUGCUGGAUUUGUUUAGAAUAACAAGGACGAGGCACCUGGAUUAACCCAGGAUAGCAUCUGCCUCACACAGCAACUGCCGGCGGUGACGCCCAAACAAGGGAAUAUUAGCUAGAUAAUCUAUGUUAGUUGUUUUCUGAGAGCAGGAAGAAGAAAAUCUACCAGGAGCCGUGACAGGUGACAAUGAAGAAAGAUUGCAUGUGUUGCUGUCCAUCUCUGACCCCCAGCAGAGAAACAGCUCAUUUCUAUUUGCUGGGUGUGCUUAUCGCUCUCUACAUGCUGGCUGGAGCUGCCAUCUUUUCCUCUCUGGAGAGGCCAGCAGAGAUAAGGGCCCACAUGCUGUGGGAGAGCAGGCUGACGUACUUCAGCCAUGAGCACAAAAUCAGCUGCGAGGACCUGAAGAAGCUGCUGCAGUACUAUGAAGAAGCCAGAACAGCUGGCAUCCGGACGGAAGAGGCCAGGACUCUGUGGGACAUGUCAGGAGCGUUCUACUUUGUGGGAACAGUAGUCUCGACUAUUGGGUUCGGAGUAACUGCCCCGUCCACAUUGCCAGGGAAGGUCCUGCUUGUGUUCUAUGGUCUGCUGGGCUGCUCUGCUACCAUCCUUUUCUUCAAUCUCUUCCUGGAAAGAGUCAUAUCGUUGCUGAGCGUCCACGUAGCCUGGUGCUGGAGAAGAAGAAGAGGAGGAGAAGAAGGAGGAGGAGCAGAAAGACACAGUGGACAGGAGAGUGGGGCCGCUGAAAGUCACCGGAGUGAAGAAUGGAAACCGUCCGUGUACCAGGUGACCCUCAUCCUCUUCGUCGCUGUCCUGGUGGUUGCGUUUGCAGCAGCCUUCCUGUAUUCAGCCAUGGAGGGCUGGAGUUACACGGAGUCGCUGUAUUUCUGCUUCGUGGCCUUUAGCACAGUGGGCUUCGGAGACUUUGUCAGUGGUCAGAGAGCACACCAUCAAGAUACCGUGGGCUACCAGGUGGCUAACUGCCUCCUGAUGCUGUUGGGAGUGUGCUGCACCUACUCCCUCUUCAACGCCAUCUCUGUGAUCAUCAAACAGGGACUGAACUGGAUACUGACAGCGCUGUCCUGGACCUGUCAGAGAAUCUGCCAACUCCGACAACAAAUCAGACCCCAUUCAAAACUCCAUUCGACUGCCUCACAUGAAGCCAUAUGCCGUCCGGAUGACGACUCCCUGGACGGGCAACGGGUGCCAACGGUUUCCACUUCAGGCCAAGGUCUGCUGUGGCAGUCCUGCUCUCCGGGCAUGGUUCCUAAAUGUAUGUGUGAUGAAACUGCAGUAGAAACAGUCUGCCAUAAAGACAAAGACAGGAUAAAACAAGAGGACGAUAUUAAUGAGAACAAUGGUCUGUCAGUCAGACAGCUGCCUUCCUGCCUGAAUUAAUUUAGACCAGGCAUGGCCAACCCGCGGCUCGGGAGCCACAUGCGGCUCUUUCCCCAGUUUCAGGCGGCUCUUACGUUCACGUCGAAUGUUAUGUUUGCGUUGUUUUUUACGUUCUGUGAAUCAUCAUGCCAAUAGGCGCCGACACAAAUUCCACCUCCCUCAUUUUGCAGAACAAAGGCCUUUUGUUGAGUGGUUUUAAUUUAGAUCAAGGUGAGAGAAAAUAUUCUCCUUCUUGCAGUGACAUCUGUGUGUGAGUGAGUCAGCCUUGUGAAAGUACCUGAGGGAAAACACACCCUUCCAAAAAGUAAGUUCAAAUGUAUUUACAAAUGAAAGAUCCAUAAAUUGGAAUACGACCAAAAUAUGUUAUUGCUUGUGUGUCUUCCUAGGCCUGACAAAUGAUUUAAUCACGAUUAAUUGUGAUCACCAGAAAAGACCUUCCCAAAUACAUAUGUCUAAAGACAAAUAAUGGCAGAUGGAUACCUGUGUUUUCUGUGUCUAACCCAAAUGAUCCAAAUAUUCAUAUGGAAAAAUAUCAAAUAAAAUAUGAAAGAGAAAAA